AUGGCUCGAGAGGUUAUCCUUAAACUGGAUCGGUGGCUGAAGGCCGAGGAAGCCACUACGCUUGAAGAGGUAAAAGGAGUUAUACAGACGGAACAAUUUAUGAGCCAAAUGCCCCUCAGUGUAAGAUGUGAGCUCGCAUCACACGACGUGAAAGACGUGAUGGAAGCCGGACGCAGAGCUGACAAGUACUGUGCGGUCCGUGGGAUGAACGGAGAUGAACACCAUGAAGGGAGAAAGCCAUUCUCCAGCAGAAAUGAUGGUCAUCAGAGAUAUAAGAAUGACAGUCAGAUGAGCUCGACAUCAGUCCACAGAUCAAACCAGCCCCGCCCUAACAACUAUAGUUUUCCCCACACUUACACCAUGCCCCCGCCAGCCGACCACAACAUGAGGUCUGCGCCCUAUGGGAGUAGGCCCAGGAGCACUACCUAUUACCAGAAGGGUAGUGGGGAUGAAGGUGCAGUUAAGUGCCUUGGAUGUGGAAGUAGCGGGCAUAGGAAGUUCCAGUGUCCGAAGGGACGGCCGAAGCCAGUGGGAGCAGUUGCCGCCCAAAGAGACCUGAUAAAGUAUGUGGAGAAUAUGAAUGCAGAGAUACAAGAGGAGCCGCCGAAAGAUGAGGGCUUUGAGCACUUCACCAGUAAGGGCACAGUGAAAGUGGAGGGAAGUCCAGAGAAGGUGAUCAGAAUCCUUCGGGAUACGGGAGCUAACCAGAGCCUGAUCUUAAGUAGUGUACUCCCAUGGAAUGAGGAGACCAGCACUGGCAGAGAGGUCUCAUGCAAGGGUGCAGGGGGCCAGUUCAGUAUUCCCCUGCACAAAGUUUGGCUGGACUGUGGAUACGUCACUGGAGAGGUGACGGUGGGAGUGAAGGAGGCACUGCCCGUAGAUGGAGUGGAUAUGCUGGUUGGGAACGACCUGGCUGGAGGUCGAGUUAUCCCUAAACUUCAGAUGGUAGACAACCCUCUGAUAGGGAUGACGGAAACCACCACUCCAGCAGCAGUCCCUCACUCAACAGAUGGGGAGGCAGAGGUGCCUGAAUUGUUCCCAGUCUGCGCAGUGACCCGAGCGAUGGCCCGGAAAGAACGCAUGGACGCCGAGGGAGCAACGCAGGAGGACGAAGGCCUGGGCGUUCUGUUUGAGGAACCUGAUGAAAAAGGAACUAACCCGGAGUGCACGAGUGGUGGACCGGUUGUAGGUCAGGUGGGGCCCAACCUUGAUUUUCUGGUACAAAAGAACGAGUUGAUAAAAGCUCAGGAGAGUGAUGAAAGCUUGAAGUCUGCUUGGAAUGAGGCUAACAGGCUGGGUGAGCUUGACAAUGAGUACGUGGGCUACUACGUGAAUAACGGGGUAUUAAUGAGAAGUUGGAGGCCCCUGACAGCCCCAACCUCCGAUCACUGGAUGGUGAAAAGGCAGAUUGUGGUGCCAUGGGUGUAUAGGAAGAAAAUUUUGGAGAUGGCACACGAAGGUGGGCAAGCCGAACUAGGUGAUUCGCCCUGCCCCCCUUCACCCUAUACCUGUGGUCGAGGAACCAUUCAGUUUCCUGAGGCCAUUCCCCUCAGGAGUAUAAACUCUAAAAACAUUGUGAGGGAACUGGUGAAAUUUUUCUCCUGGGUGGGAAUCCCUAAGGUGUUGCAGUCAGACCAGGGAAGUAAUUUCACUUCUCGUGCAUUCAAGGAAAUCCUAAGGGGUCUGAAGAUUGAACAGAGACUGUCGAGUGCUUAUCACCCUCAGUCUCAGGGUUGUGUAGAAAGAUUUCACCAAACUCUCAAAAACACUCUCAGGAUGUAUUGUGAGGAGAUGAGUGUUCAGUGGGAUGAGGACUAUAACUUAGAGAUUCACCAUGUGAAAGGCAGUGAGAAUAUUAUUGCCGAUGCCUUGUCCCGCGCACCGCCUAGUCGUGAGGCAUCCUAA